AAAGAUGGCGGCGUCCUCUGCUGCAGCUACGGCACGGGCUGCCGCUGCUGUCAAACCGAUAUUGAGUAGAGACCUCGGAGAAGCAAAACGUCGCGUCCGGGAUCUGUACCGUGCAUGGUACCGAGAGGUGCCCAAUUCCGUCCAUGUUUUCCAGUUGGACAUUACAGUCAAACAGGGAAGAGACAAAGUGCGGGAGAUGUUUCAGAAAAAUGCUCAUGUCACUGACCCGAGAGUAAUUGAUAUGCUUGUUAUCAAGGGUAAGAUGGAACUCCAGGAGACAAUAAAUGUGUGGAAGCAACGAACGCACAUUAUGCGCUACUUCCAUGAGACUGAGACUCCACGACCUACAGAUUUCCUCUCAAAGUUUUAUGUUGGGCAAGACCCCUAAGUGUACAAAUAUUGUUUAUUGUGCGAAUAAACCAGUGUGAAUUGUCCACUUUA